AUGAAAUUCUCAAUUGCCGUACUGUCAUCGAUCUUGCUUGCAUGCUCGGUCACAGUUGCCAAUCCAGUUGAUCCCAGUUCGACCAUGAGUGCUGAAGUCAGCAUUUUUACCGGCACUCCCACUGUAUUUAAAGGUGUCGAAUAUAAUUUUUGGAUAGAUGCUAAUCCAGACGGUAUAGGCUUGGGUGCUCUUGAUCCACUUCCAGAUAACGUCAAGCAUUUACUCGACAAAUACGUAGAGUUACAGUAUGCUCGUAAUCAGCAAGAAAAAAUAUAUUGGCCGUUAAAAUCUCGACAUGACAGUCAAUAUGACGUGGUACUGGGCGUGGAAAAAGAUCUUAAAAUUCUGAAAUAUCUAUCUCAAGACGGUGACAGCCCAAAAUAUGGUGACAUUGAGAAGACUAAGCUUGAUCUUGAACGCCAAGAUUUCAAAUUUGCCAAACUUGUAAAAAGUUUUGACGAGUGCCAGUCCAAGAUUGGUCGUAUUGUAGAAAAAAAGUCGGAAACCGAUGAACGGAUUGUGCGUCUCGUUUUAGGAACCCCUCUGGAUCUUGCAUUAUUUAAUUACCAAGCUUUGCUUAUCAGAGGAAUGCCUUCCGUUAAUGAUUACAUUGAAAAGCAAUCAUUAAAAUACAAGAAUCUUGAUGGAAAAUCUGGUGGUCGACGAAAACAUCGAAAAUCUGGCGGUCGACGAAAGCAUCGAAAAUCUGGUGGUCGACGAAAACGCAAAGAUUUGGAAUCAUCGGACGAAGAAUCAUCAGAUGAAGAACCGGAUGAAGAAUCCGAAUAUAAAUUCAAUAAGAAGGGUACUUUCAGUAUGCGAAGAGCUUCCUCCAGGUUUGUCACUAGAUUUGGAUCAUUCUUUCAGAAAUCCAGACGUGACGAUCCAUCCAAUUGA